AUUCUCAUCAUUAAUAUCGUCAUCAUUUUAACAAACUUUACGUAGACAAAAAUACCGACGGUGUAAACGAAGUACCAAAAGGAAGAAAAUCCUUGAAAUACAUAAAUAAAUAAUUCACGUGCAUAAAAAUGUAAACAAAACAAAAGAUGAUGAUAAGCCUAUAUUAAUUUUGACAACCGGAACAACUGGCGCGCAUAAAAGAAGCGAGCAGGCUUUCGAAUUUAUUAUUGAACGAUCAUUCUAUCAAUCGAGUGGUAGAAAUUUUGGAAAGUAUUAUGAGCAACAUGGCUGCUUCACAACUAGGUUUAUGGCUUCUAUUCGCAUUGAUCUGCAUAUCAGAAGGAAGAUAUUACAGCCAAGGUAAAAUACAAGGCAAACUUUCUUCAGUUUGCAACAAGACAUAUUUCAUUGAAACAUACGUUAAUCCAAAAAAACAUCUGGAAAGAAAUGUUAUUGAAGAACAAUACGACUGCCAGAUAACAAACUGUAAAGGCACCAAUGCUUUGAGCGUGACAUAUGCUGUAAAUAACUCUAGUGGCAAAUACAGCUAUCUUUUGCACACUGAUUCUGAUAUCAACAAUGUGGAGAAUGCUGGCUGCUGGGGAUUUGCAGUUGAAGUGAUCACCAAUGAAACAGCGUACACUUUAUACUCAGAUUUUAAAACUAAAAAGGAGCCAAGUCUGUUUUGGAUUGUGAACAAUAUAUUACCAGGUCACAAAUAUUCAUUCACGCUCAAUUCUAUACCAGCCGGCAAAGUAUACGAAAGCGUCCUCAUGGUGACACCAAGUGUGUGCGGAAACGAAAUAUUACCAUGGUUGCACCCACAUAUGGACAAGACUAACUGCUCUCAACCAGAUUUUAACAUAAAAAGAGAAUUAGCAGAAGAAAUUUGUCAAUUGGUCCCUGGAAGUCUACAAGAGCGAAUCGACUUUAUGACAAAAAAUCUCGUGGAAACUAAUUGUUCGUUUUCUCUGGCAAAGAAAAAGGAGCUCAAACACUCAACAUCAGCCGCACGCAGAAACACAAAUCAAUAUUUUAUUUAUUUAUUUAUUUUUAUUGCAUUCUUAACACAAAUGUAACUAUGAAAUGUCAAAACUCGUCUUCAGUACUACAAAAAGGUCAUCCACCACCAAACAGAUUUUUCAAUAAAAACACAAUCGAUAUUAUCUUAUAUUACUUUUACGUGGUUGAUUCUCAAGUGAUUUAAAUAA